GAUAAGUUUAUCAUGGAUCUCUAAUUCCAUCCUAAGAGAAUGAGGCGGCCGGAUUCUGAUGAAUUUGAUUAUCCAGGAUGCCCAUCUGCUUAUCAGGAAUUUGUUAAAGCAGUAAUUGCCUAUCGGAAGAAGCUUAAUAGCACAACGUCUGUGCCAAAGCCUCUCAAACUCAAUCAAGAAAUGGAGAAGAAAAGAAAAUUGAUAAUCAGAAGCUUCUCCUUUGCUAAAAACUUAUACUCCACAGGUUCUGAGAUGCAUCCUUCUAAAGAAUCUGAACUUCAAGCUGGAGCAGAAUUUCUUGAGGUAUAAAACCAU